GGAAAGAAUGCGAGUGGAUCCAAACAGCGUUAUAAUCGUAAAAGAGAAACUUCAUAUUCAAAAAAUGAGAACUUUUCCAGUCAGUCCCGUCGCUCCAAUUCACAGAAAAGCAAAGCUUUUAACAAGAUGCCUCCUCAAAGGGGGGGUAGCGGCGGAAGUGGCAAACUUUUUAGCUCUUGUAAUGGUGGAAGACGAGAUGAGGUAGCAGAGGCUCAGCGGGCAGAGUUCAGCCCUGCCCAAUUCUCUGGUCCCAAGAAGAUUAAUCUGAACCACUUACUGAACUUCACUUUUGAACCCCGUGGCCAAGCAGGCCAUUUUGAUGGGAACGGACAUGGCAACUGGGGGAAAAGGAACAAGUGGGGACAUAAGCCUUUCAACAAGGAGCUCUUCUUACAGGCCAACUGCCAGUUUGUUGUCUCUGAAGAACAGGACUACACAGUCCACUUUGCUGAUCCAGAUACCUUGGUCAACUGGGACUUUGUGGAGCAAGUGCGAAUUUGUAGCCAUGAGGUGCCCUCUUGCCCGAUAUGUCUGUACCCACCAACGGCAGCAAAGAUCACCCGCUGUGGGCAUAUCUUUUGUUGGGCAUGUAUCCUUCACUAUCUCUCCUUGAGUGAAAAGACCUGGAGUAAAUGUCCUAUUUGUUAUGGCUCUGUUCACAAGAAGGAUCUCAAGAGCGUUGUUGCUAUGGAAACACGUCAAUAUGCAAUUGGUGAUAUCAUUACGAUGCAACUUAUGAGAAGAGAGAAAGGUGUUCUGAUAGCACUGCCCAAAUCUCAGUGGAUGAACGUGGUGCAGCCUGUUUACAUCGGUGAUGACCAGCACAGUCAGUAUUCGAAGCUGCUUCUGGCAUCCAGGGAGCAAGUCUUGCAGCUGGUGAUUCUGGAGGAGAAAGCAGCAUUACUAAAACAGUAUGAGGAAGAAAAACAUACCCCAGAGGCUUGCUUUAUUGAGGCAGCUAUCCAGGAACUGAAGGAGCGAGAAACAGCACUCUCUGCAGACCAGGAUAAAAACGAUGGCAUUGCUGGAAUCAGUGCAGCUGUGGAAGAAUUGGUCCUAGAAGGCUCCAAGGCUGUGGAGCCUGCGGUUUCCCAAGAGAAAAAGUGUGGUGUGGAAUAUCUCUCUGCAUUUGAUGAGGAGCUUGCGGAGCCUUGCUCUGAUCUGGCAAGUUCCUUUUCGCCUCCUGUGGAAGCAGAAGAGGCAGUGCUGGAUGAAGAGGAGGUACCUGAGGUGGACACCAUAGGGGAACCUGAUGUGAACACUACAGAAGAACCAAAUCCAGCUGAAACAAGCUACCAAGAAUCUAAAGAUACAACUAGAAGUGGACAUCUUAGCAACUCUCCUUUUUACUAUUUCUAUCAAGCGGAGGAUGGACAGUGUAUGUAUCUUCACCCUGUGAAUGUUCGAUGUCUUGUUCGUGAAUAUGGCAGCUUGGAGAAGAGUCCGGAGAAGAUAACUGCAGCUGUAGUGGAGACAACUGGCUACUCAAUGACAGAGGAUAUAAGACAGCGUCAUCGCUACCUCUGUCACUUGCCCCUCACCUGUGAGUUCAGCAUUUGUGAACUGGCUCUGAAGCCACCCAUCAUCUCUAAGGAGACUUUAGAGUUGUUUUCAGAUGACCUUGAAAAGAGGAAACGUCUACGGCAGAAGAAAGCUCGUGAUGAACGACGACGUGAACGCAGAAUUGAGAUAGAAGAAAACAAGAAGCAGGGCAAAUAUCCAGAGGUCCAUAUUGCUUUAGAGAAUCUGCAGCAGUUCCCUGCUUUUACCUCUUGCCCCGGAGAAACUACCAGCAUUGAUCAUCAGAGCUUCUGUCUAUCUCCUCUUGGCAGAAGCCCUGUGUUUCAGACAGAGUCUAUUCCAACUCCACUGUCACCUGCUGCCAGCCAGGUCAGCCCAUUGCUCUGUGGGAGUUUAGAAGAAGAGUCUCCCUUCCCUUCCUUUGCCCAGAUGUUGAGGGUUGGAAAGGCAAAACCAGAAACAUGGCCCAAACCUGCUCCAAAGACAAGAGAUGAGAAUACUCUGGCACUCCCUGUGCCAGUGGAUAGUGAUGGAGAAAGUGACAGCUCUGACCGCAUACCUGUGCCCAGCUUCCAGAAUUCCUUCAGCCAAGCUAUUGAGGCAGCCCUCCUGAAACUGGACAAACCGUCCACAGCUGAUCAUUUAGCAGAGGAAAAGGGAGGCAAGAAAAGAAAGAAACUGAAGCAGAAGCUAUUGUUCAGCACCUCUGUUGUUCACACAAAGUGAUUCUGCUAUUCAAGAGAAGUUUCAUCGCCUGGUUUU